UGAAUUUUGGAUUUUCUAUGAAAACUAAUGUUUCUUCUUCCAUUAAUAUGUGCAUUCUGAGGUAUUGAGCAAAUUCAUAGUGACAUACACAGAAAGUGAUGACUUCUAUCAAAACUUUUGGGAUGAGAUCUUUUUAUGUGCUCUAGGCUGGCCAUGAAUUUCUUACUUUAAAUGGCCCUCUGCUUAAGCUAAUCAGAAGCUCCAUGGUUUAAAGGUGCUUUCUUUUUACCACAAGCUAUAAGCAUUUGUUUUUAUUCAUUUUGACCAGAGAACUAGCUGGGACAUAAACUAAAGGACAUUGUUCUGAAUCACAGAAUGGACUUCUGGAUUCUGGUAAUCAGAAUUAUUUUCUUAUCACAAACUACAAUUGGAAUUCUGGGAAAUGUUUCUCUUAUGUUCUACUAUCUAGUCCUUUACUAUAGAGAAUGCACAUUAAAGCCCACAGAUUUGAUUCUCCUACACCUAAUGACAGCCAAUUCUAUGACCAUAAUCUCUUUAGGAGUGCCCCACACAAUGGCAGCUUUUGGGUUGAUGCAGUUCUUCAAUGAUUUGGUGUGCAGGAUCCUAAUAUACAUUCAAACAGUUGGCCGGAGUGUGUCCAUUGGCACCACCUGUCUCUUAAGCGUCUUCCAGGCCAUGACUGUCAGACCCAGGGAAUUAUGUUGGAAAGAUUAUAAAGUCAAAGCUGAAAAUGUUAUUGGCUGUUCCAUUUCCCUCCUCUGGGGCUUCUACAUGUUAAUACAUUUCGUUUUAUUUGUGUACCCAUUUAUCAAACUUAAUAGCAAAAAUAUAACAGGAAAACGAGAUUUUGGAUACUGCUCUACUAUAGGGAGUGAUGAGAUCAGUGACUCAUUAUAUGCAGCAAUGGUGGUGUCUCUUGAAGUUUUCUUUUCUGUGCUGAUUACCUGGUCCAGCAGCUCCAUGAUUGUUAUUCUGUACAGACACAAGAAAAGGGUUCAACAUAUCCGCAGCUCUCAUGGUUACAAUAGAACAUCACCUGAGUCCAGAGCCACCCAGAAGAUUCUGGUCUUGGUGUCUACCUUUCUUGCAUUUUAUAGUCUCUCCUUGAUCUUACGAGGCUGCAUUGCUCUUUUGUAUAAUCACAGUUGGUGGCUGGUGAACAUCACUCCCUUCAUUUCUCUGUGUUUUCCAUCUUUUGGACCCUUUGUUCUUAUGAAUCCUUGCUCCAUUAUCUACAGGCUUACCUUGAUAUGAAUUAGGAAGAAAAAUAAUUUAAUCUUCUUUAAAGUACAUGAAUAAUGAUAUUUCUGUGGGAGAUCCAGUUUUCUACAUAACAUCACCCUCAGAAGAUCAAUACAGAAACUUAAGUAGGUA